AACACACUAGAAGGUCUGAUAUUAUCUAGACCACGGCAUGUUUGCCGGACGGCGUUUUGUGGCUGAGUUUCCGCGUCAUAUAUAUGUUAUAUCUAAUCGUGGUAGUUCCAGUAGCACUUCUGUUAUAGUUUUGUCUAGCAAAGGUUCGCAAGUUGUGGCUAAGGAUAAACCAGUUACUGGUGACGUUGUUUCGAGGUCCAUUUUACCUAGUUGGUUGGAAUGUGACGUAGUUCCGGUUACUGAUAAAUCAAGUGCCGUGUCCGAGGUAAAACCCUUACGUUUACGUAAGAUUCGUCCUUUUAGUGCAACUACUUUAAGUAUAUUUCAUCCCAAUCCGCUUUGUGUAGCUACACCAUCUCGUAAAAAUGCGAUUAUUAAGCAUCUUUGGCGUUUGAGGGUUAAUUCAUCAUAUCGUAAACAUCAGGACACUCGUUUGGUAACGUCUGGUGACGUCAUUCUUCAUAUGUUAAGGCACACUGAUUGUGUAUUUGGUAAUAUUUUCACUACUCGUAAAUCACUUGUUGAGUUGAUAUUGGGUGAUUCAUCACUUCGUUCAAGAUUUGGGCGUAUUCAAUUAUUGGAUCGUCAUUUGCUUCGUUAUUGUUUACGGGGCACGAGUACUACUUCUGACAGUAUAGCUGAGGUUACCAUUCCCAAUCCUAGCAUACCUUCUAAUCCAAGGGUCGUGAUAGCUUUGGAUAAUAUCCGUUAUCCACAGAACGUGGGUAACAUAAUUCGUAUUGCCAUUGGGCUGAACGUUGAUGGUAUAUAUUACCUUCGUGGCACUGCUGAUCCGUUUGACUGGAAAGUAACUCAGGUUACUGGUGGUCUACAAUUUAAGUUACCAUAUCAGCGUGGUGACUUCAAAUCACUUCGGAGAUUUUGCAAGGCCAAUAAUUUAACUCCGGUUGUAGGUCAUCUUGAGGGUGAUGAUAUAGGAUCAAUUGAUAUAUCUGGUGGUCUGUGUAUCAUUUUGUGUAAUGAGUCUUCUGGUCCCAGUCCCGAGGUUUUAAAAUUCGCCAAGAGGAUAUUACUUCCUAUGCAUCCAUUAGUCAAUUCUUUGAAUGUUUCUAUUGCUGGUGCCAUAUUGGUACAUCAACUUCAGUGCCGUGUUUAGUUCAUUAGGUUAACGAUGGCGUAUUCUCGUUCUUCUACGGACGACCC